GCCGUUCAGAGGGGAGGUUUAGCACGCGCCCGAGCUCAGAGUCCACCAGCAAGGAUGACCGCAGCUGUGGCCGCUCAUUUUCUCGACUGCGAGGGGCAGAAUAAGAGCAGUAAAGUGCUGAGCUUCGGCAGUGAGCCCCAGGUGGACCCCCUGCCCUUCUCCUCCGCCAUGGGUCCCCUGCUGGACAGGAAAGUAGGCGGAGCCUCUGUAGCGGGUCUUCAUCAGCGCCGUCAUUCUGUUUCCACUCCCAUCUCCAAAUUCAGCCAGCUCUCCAGCAGUCUCAGGAUGGAUCCGCUGACCCUCCCCAUCGGUGGGAACAACAAGGAGAACCGUUUCCGAGAGCGUUCGUACUCCGAAAAUGGGGAGCGGCAGAAGCUAAGCUGCAUCACAGCCGGCCAGAUCAACUCCAGCCGCUACAAGACUGAGCUUUGCCGGCCGUUUGAAGAGAACGGCUCGUGUAAGUAUGGCGAUAAGUGCCAGUUUGCUCACGGGCAGCACGAGCUACGCAGCCUGAGUCGCCACCCCAAGUACAAGACGGAGCUUUGCCGCACUUUUCACACCAUUGGCUUCUGUCCAUACGGCCCGCGCUGCCACUUCAUCCACAAUGCAGAAGAACGCCGCGGACCUCCUCCGCUCUCCAGCUUUAAUAAACCGGAGCGUCCGCGGCUCCAGCACAGCUGCAGCUUCGCCGGCUUCCCCAGCUCGGCCGGGUUCUCCCGCAGCCCCACCUCCCGCACACCCCCGCAUUUGACCUCCACCGAAGACCUGACCAAGUGGCCCAGGAACCCCUUCAACAUCUCCAGCCAGGAUUUUGGUGGUCUUUUUGGGCAAGGCUUAGCCAGGCCUUUGGCCCUGGAGCUGCCCCCACCCUCGCCCACCAUCCCCUCCUUCUUUAGGCCCUCAGAGUCCCCUCCAAGUCCAGUGGACUCCCUUUCUGACCAUGAGGGCUACCAGAGCAGCCUUGGCAGCCUCAGUGGAUCAGAGUCUCCGGUGCUGGAUGCCACCCGCAGACUCCCCAUUUUUAGCAGGCUGUCAGUUUCUGAUGAUUAGGGCAAGAUAGCUAUAAAGAGAAAGACUGGCUGUGUCUCAAAUGACUCCCUCCUGUGUCUCAAAUGACUCCCUCCUUACUCACUAUGGUCACUAGAAAGCCAAAUAGUGCACUAUAUGUACACUAUAGAACCUGCAUAGUGCACUGUGUCUACAUAAGUCUGUUUGUACACUAUAGACCCUGUAGAGUGCUAUAUGUCCACUAUAGUGCUCGUAAAGUGUACUAUAUGUCCACUAUCGUGCUCAUAUAGAGCACUCUGUGUCCACUAUAGAGCCUGUGUAGUGCACUAUAUGUCCACUGUAGUGACUGUAUAGUGCACUAUAUGUCCACUGUAGUACUCCUAUAGUGAAGUAUAUCCUCUACAAAGCCUGUGUAGUUCACUAUGUCCACUAUAGUGCCUGUAUAGUGCACUAUAUGUCCAUUGUAGUGCCUUUAUAGUGCAGUGUAUGUCCAUUAUAGUGCUUGUAUAGUGCACUAUGUCCUCUACAAAGCCUGUGUAGUUCACUAUGUCCACUAUAGAGCCUGUAUAGUGCUCUAUAUGUCCAUUGUAGUGCCUUUAUAGUGCAGUGUAUGUCCAUUAUAGUGCUUGUAUAGUGCACUAUGUCCUCUACAAAGCCUGUGUAGUUCACUAUUCCACUGUAGAGCGUGUAUAGGGCAAUAAAUGUCUGCUACAGUCUGCACAGUGCACUUUAUACACGCUUAUUUACACUUAGAGCCCACAGAGUGCACAGUAAGUCGACCGUAGAGCAUCUAUAGUGCACUAUAUAUACACUAAAGAGCCUGUGUAGUGCACUAUAUGUCCACGCUACAGCCUGUGUAGUGAGUGAAGGAGAAAUUUGAGAUUUAGCCAGUUAGUGCUAAAUCAGAGAAAGCAGAGAAAGAGCGAUUGCCUCCCUCCAUCCUUCCCCCUCUCUCUCAGAGUUGUUUACAGUAGAGAAGUGGACGGAGAAGUGCAGUGUUUUUAUAGCCACUGAUUCAAAAAGUCCUGAAUUCCUUCAGUAGCACUGACUCCCACCUCACAUACCCAACAGUGCACUCAUCUUCUAAUGGACAGUAUGUAACUGAGGUUGCUACCUAUGUUAAAAUCAAAAGCCACUCACUCUUUUUUGAUAUGAUCAGCCAAAAUAGAGAAGUGCACUGCCCGUUAAAGAUUUUGGAGCAGCUGGCUUUUCAAAAUGGUCCUGUUUAUUUUGUCGGUUUCCAAUAGUGUAACAUAUUAAAUAGAAAUAUGUUUAGAUUUUGCCAAAAAUAAGAAAGAAGCCAAAGGCCACGCCCAUUUUAUCGUCAUGUCAUGAUGUCACCUCAAAAUCUUUCAGGUUGUUUAAACCACAUUUGCACCAACAACAACAGCAAGAAAAUUCAAAAUUCAGAAUUCUUGGUUUUAAAGAAAUCUAAAAAUUUCAGAAUUCCCAGCACAAGGAAUUUUUAAAUAUUGAAAUGUCUCCAAACCUUUGAUAGGCUAUGUGCACGUCAGGGUCAGAUCAUUUGUGCCCCAGUGUUGUAGCAAUGCUGUCCAUCAGCGCUGACAGUUCACAGAAGAGCCUUGGGAGCAGUCAGCUUCCCCACAUCAGUGACCUCAGCUUCGUCACCGUUAGAAACAGCCCAAACAGUGACUGGCCAACACGCAAAGUGCCAGAUUUUUGUGCUACUUUUUUUUGUUCAUAAUUAAAAAUAAGUGUAAUGGUGCUACAUCCACUGCCACCAUGGUAACAGUCCCGAAAACAUGUGACGCCGUCUGCUAGACUUCAGCUAAAGAGAGAUGAGAAAUUACAGUUUUUUUGAUUCCUGCUUUAUUGGAAUGUCUCUUUUCCUGCAAUCAGUUGGGUUCAGUGCUAAUUAAUUCCACGUAUUAGUAUUAAUAUUAGUACUACAGCAUUUGUUAUU